GCAACUGUCAACGCAGACGUCCGUGACCAUCGAAGUAGACUCCCUGCACGAUGGCAACGACUUCAGCCUUCGGCUCUCCCGGGCCAAGUUCGAAGAGCUCUGUUUGGAUUACUUCAAGAAGGCGAUGGAGCCUGUGGAGCAGUGCCUCAAGGACAGCAACCUACCACAGAAGGCGAUCUCGGAUAUCGUCAUGGUGGGAGGCUCUACGCGAAUCCCCAAGGUGCAGGAGCUCAUCAAAGACCAUGCCCGGCUGCUCCAGUUUUCUGAGCCGUGCGCGGAGCAAGAGGAGACGAAGGACAUCGAGCGUGAUGAUGGGCUUGUCACCUCAAGAUCUCUUGCGCGCAACCCCUUGAAGAUGGUGGCUAUGAUCGCUCUUGUGGGAAUGGUGGUAGGAGUGGCUUUCGUGGCUGGCCGAAAGGUGCGGGACCGCAAGGAAGAGAAGGCAAGCGAACCAGCAUGGCUUCAGCUUGUCGCAGAUGGCACUCCGAAGACCAAAGAACACAUCAAAGCCAAUGCCAGUGAGACCUGUCACUCCGCACGUCCUGGCGAAACAUGUUACGGCGCCGUCUUGUGGCACAAGUGGAUCGGAACCGUUGAGAACCCCUGGAACUACCCCAAGGGUGUUUCGAGAGCCUCCAACCGCACGGUCAUCCAGCAGUACCUGCACGAGAAAAACCAGUCCGAUUGCCGACGGCCUUGUCACGAAGAGGCCUUUCCAGUCCCGGCGGCCCCUCCGAAAGGAUCACCGUCGAUCUAUUGCUUCUCUGUGGCCCGUGCUGGAGGAGAGAUGGACAUCAUGCACUUGCAGCGUCAGAGCGGAAGUGGUAUUUUCGCCUGUGACGGCUUCGGGAUCUACAGUGAUGUGGACACGGAAAUCUACGGCGUGAAGACCAUCCCCAUCGGCUCCACAGCAUCAGGGGUCUCCGUCGAUAAUACCGCCGCCAACUCCCAAGUUUUCAUGAGAACAUGGCUUACGUUGUUGAACAACAACGACUGGUGGCACUACGACUUCAUCGCGAAGGUGGACCCUGAUGCAAUUCUUUUUCCAGAGAGGCUCCGGCCACACAUGUCGUGGCACGUUGGUGCCCCAGUCUUCUUCCUCACCUGCGGCAAGUACAGACCAGCAUUGUAUGGGGCGCUGGAGGUGUUUUCCAAGCAAGCCCUUGGAAGAUAUCUUGCGAACCAUGGGCGAUGUGAGCAGAGCUUGCCGUUUUGGUCCUGGGGCGAAGACAAGUACAUGGCCGGUUGCCUAGAGAUGUUGGGAGUUCAGGCCCUCCAAGACUACAACAACUUCCUUCGUGACGAGCGCUGCUGGGGUGUCGACUGUGGCAACAAGGCGGCUGUGGCGUUCCACUCGUUCAAAGUCGUGAACAAUUGGCAAGGCGGCAAGGCCUUUUGCGUCGAGAGGAGAGAAGUUCUUGCGAGGAAGGAUCCGCCGCUGGUGAUGUGGGGACACUUUGGUGGAAAGGAGCUCUGCAAGAGCAUCAACCCGGAUGAGGCCGUGGCCUAUGGGGCAGCUGUGCAGGCAGCCAUCGUCUCUGGCCAGGGGCACGAGGAUGUGCAGAACAUGCUCUUACUGGACGUGGCCCCUUUAUCUCUUGGCAUCGAAACGGCAGGAGGCAUGAUGCAGGUGCUGAUCGAGAGGAACAGCACGGUGCCCACGAGCAAAAGCCAAGACUUCACAACCUUCGAGGAUUAUCAGGACCAUGUUGACAUCUCCGUCUAUGAAGGAGAACGAGCCAUGGUCAAGGACAACAACUUCCUCGGGAAAUUCACCUUGAAGGACAUCCCGAAGUCCUUGCGUGGAGUCCCAAAGAUCCAGGUAACCUUCACCAUUGAUACCAACGGCAUUCUCCAGGUCAGUGCCGAGGAUGCGAAGUCCCACAAGAAGAGCGAGAUCCAGAUCGCGAACGAAAAGGGCCGUCUCACUCAGAAUGACAUCCAGAGGAUGCUCGUAGAGGCCGAGCAGCACAAAGGCGAGGAUGAGAUUUCUCGUAGCGACCUCUUGGCCAAGGAGGAGUUGAAGGUCUACAUGCAGCGCUUCGAGAAGGGCUUCCAGGACCUGGAUGAGUCCAAGCUGCUUCCGAAAGAUCGUGAGCGGCUUGAAGGCAAGCUCACGGAUGCGCAGAAGUGGCUGGAGACAGAGGGGCUCAAGGCCGGCAAGCCGGAGUUUGAGGCGAAGCAGAAGGAGCUUCAGGCGGCGAUCAACACCGUCAUGCUGCGGAUCAACAGGGCCCAGGCUGAAUUCUGGGACCAACAGGUUGUGCAGCAUGAGGGUGAGAAGAGCAUUGCCGACGGGGGUUUCAUCCUUCAGUGCGGCGUGGACAUCCGUGACCUGAUUGAGGAUCCUCAAUGA